AGUGGAUGGGGAGAGAUGAUGAUGAUGAUGAUGAUGAUGAGGACCUGGCUGCCUGCGCUGCUCUGCCUGCUGACUACAUUCGGUAAUGCUAAGGACCCAUGUCAAGGAGUGCCAGCUGUAAGCCUUGACCAGCUAACCAUCCUCAGGGGAAGUCCUGGCAUCCCGGGGGCUCCAGGUCAGCAAGGAGAAUCUGGGAAAACAGGAGUCACAGGUGACCAGGGACGACUAGGAGAACCUGGAAAAAUUGGGCCUCCUGGACAAAAAGGGGAUCGGGGCCCCCUUGGACAGCCAGGGAAGGAGGGACCCUCAGGAUUGAAAGGUGACCCCGGCCCACAAGGACUAAAGGGGCAGAAAGGUGAAAGAGGAGCCUUCUGUGCACAAAUUGCCAGGAACUGUAAAGAUUAUGCAAAGAGUCUUGCCCUGAGCAGACGGUACACUAUAUACCCAGAUGGUAAGAAGCCACUAAGGGUCCUGUGCGAUAUGGAUACUGAUGGAGGCGGCUGGAUAAUUUUCCAGAGACGCUGGGAUGGAUCAGUUGAUUUUUUCCGUGACUGGAAAGCCUACAAGGCUGGGUUUGGCAACCUCUUGACUGAGUUCUGGUUGGGAAAUGACAAUCUGCACUUAUUAACAUCAUCAGGUACAUGGGAGUUGCGGAUAGACGUACAGGAUUAUAAUAACACCAAACAGUACAUGAAAUACUCCUCCAUCAAAGUGCUGGGGGAAUCUGACAAAUACCAGUUGCUGCUUGGAGACUUCAAGGGUGGAAAUGUCGGGGACAUUAUGAAUUAUCACAAUAAAAUGAAGUUCACUACCGAGGACCAGGACAAUGAUGAGAGAUCCUCGGCAAACUGUGCGGUGCAAUUUAAAGGAGGCUGGUGGUAUAAUGAAUGUUAUAAAGCAAAUAUGAACGGAUUGUAUUACUUGGAGCCUGAUACCAGUAACCUCGGGAUCAACUUGCAGAUAGAUAAAGGCAUGCAAUUUUCCUAUAAAUUCACCGAAAUGAAGAUUCGUCCCAUUUAGACAUGAAUUUAUUUACUUUUAUAAGGGUAUGCAUGCUACAGAUACUAGAUUGUAUCAGUUUGGGAUUCAAAAAUAUUUAUCUGAAAGAUUACAAUUACAAUUAAAAAGGCGAUUAUAGUCUGAAAUACAAAGUAUUUCUAAAAUAACGAAUACAUGUUAAUUAAAUAUGUUAAUCUUUUCAAUUACUGUGACUACAUAAAUAAACGGUUGUCAUUAAUCUCA